AUGUCCAGUAUUCGUAGAGCCCGUAAACCUCCACAAGAGGAAGAAGACGCUUCCAAGUUAAAAUUCGGCGAAGACUUUGAGGCUGAAGAAUUUCUGUUCAUAUCUGAAGUUGCACUGUUACUUGAGAAGACACCAGAAACACAAAAAAACACGAGGUGA